AUGUAUGUGAAAUGGUUUGAUACAGCAAUGUUUUACUAUGUGAUUUUAGUGUAUUUAGUGAAUGUCACUUUUUGUCAUUUUCAAAUUUCCUGCCAUUCCGUCCCCCGUACAUCCCGACGCUCGCAGGGAACGGAACCCAGAUGGCAGAUGCCGACAUCCGCCGGAGGACAUUACAGGGGACACUGCAGGAGGGACAUCGCGGGACAAGGUAAGUGAAGAACAGAUGCCAGAGCAGCGCCACAUUGUAAGCCCGAGUGUAGCUCGGGGUUAUCGCUUUUGCUACACUCGGGAAUACCGUCAGGGAGGUUAAGC